AAAUUGUUCCUCUCGUUAAGCGUUUGACGACAGCUCCCGAUCUCAAAGCGUUACAAGAGGAUGUGGAACGGUACUUCACAUGGGACGCGGGAUUCAGACACCCGCUCUGCUACGUGCCUCCAGGUCCCAAGUCUCGAGACCAAUUGCUAGCGAUCUAUCUUCACUAUCGCGCUAUCUCUCCCAAUACUAUGUCUGAUGUGCGCGUUCUUGCAUACGAUGCAUCCCAGGAUGUUCUUGUCAUUGAGACUGUCCAAGUGUUCCAUUUGUUCUUUAGUUUGCUGCGUCCCGCGCCCUCGCGACUAGUCACUACUCUAACCCUGCGACGAGAAAACGGUCUUCACUAUGUUGCGCUUCAGGAGGAUUUCUAUCAUCCCGACCAUUUCCUCAAUCUUCUCAUUCCACCUCUCGCACCGAUCAUCCGCCUCGUGUUGUAUCUCACUACCCUCCUCUGCGUCGUCGCUAUCUGGUUCGAACCGAUACUCGGACUCUUUCCUCUACGCGGCCCAGGCAAAGUCAUAUCGGCCUUCGAUGCGGCUAUUCGUCGGCGUGGCCUUAGGAAUACGAAUAAAGAUAAUGUGAUGGGGAUGACAGGUCACAUAGGCGAACUCCAGAACGGGCUCAGCAGAGUCAGUGCUACACGGAAGGAGAACGAUCAGACAUAACAGAGCAUGACACUCAUUAUUUGACGAGGAGGUGAUGAUCACUUCCUGCUGGCCGCGUCUGCUGACAAGCCAUUGCCAUACAAUCCGUACAAGGUAAUCGAUAUGCAAACACGUGUAGUUACUCUCCCUUAAAUACGCG